AUGAGCAGAGACCAAAGGAAAAUAUCUCGAUCUCUAGAAGAAGGUUCUAUUCUAGCGUCCACCGACCAAUUGGCACCAAUUUCGCAAACUGACAACGAACUUAAACAGAAAUUAGAGGCAAUCAAAACUUCUCAUAAAUUGUCAAACAAGAGGAUUAGGCAGGAAACACGCGAACUCAAGAAAAUUCUGUAUGACUUGCAGAAAGAGCUGAAGGUCUCAAAGGGAACACAUGGACGGUAUAUUCCAUCUUUACUUAAUCAGCCUCAAGGACGCUUAAGAAGAACCACUGUUAGUUCUGUUCCACAAGAGGACCGAAAGGAGGCUUCUCAGUUCGAGCGAGAUCAACAGGGAAGAGUUAAAAAGGGGCUGAAUCAUGAUUUUACGAGAAGGCGUAGAAGUGGUAGUUUUCCUCCUAUUUCGCAAACAGAUUUGGAGAAAACCCGGCAAUCUUAUUCCUUAACGCCCUCUCAACACGAUGAGAACAACACUAUACCAGCAAGGCCACGAGAGGAAUUGCAAAGACUUUCUCCUUGUACGCAACCUGGUCUCCCAAGUCAGUUAGACAGCAAUCAAGGACCAGAGAUAAUAAGUUCUCCUUAUGAGCAGCAGCAAAGUGAAAAACAAUAUUUGGCGACUACAGUUUGUGGAAAAUUUGCAACGAGAGAGGGCCCUAUUACAUCAAAUUCACCACGUUCUUCAUAUCAAAGUCCUCAACUUUAUAAAACAUCAGCGAGCAGAAGAGAAACUAGAUCACUAUGGCAAAAGCCCAGUAUUGUCGACGAAUAUUCGAUAAAAUCGAAUCAAAACGAGCAGCGGAAAAAAAGACUAAGCGUGAUUCACAAUAACUUGCAGAGUACAGGGAGUAUCGGAAUUAAGGCAGAGACGCCCAAGACUACUUUGCAUGGAAAGUUUGACACUGGACACGAUCCGGAGUAUACGCCGUUUGACUCGCUACCGGCAGGGAUUGUUGGGGGACGAAGACUGAGUACAGUCACUCAUGGUAGGGUUAGAAAACCUUCCAGGACAAAAGGACUUCCGCCUUUGAAAGAGGAAAAAACUAUGACAACGCCUGAAAGAACAACCGCAGAAAUGUGGAGUGAUUUAGCAAACUGUAGAUACUUGAGAAAAGAAGAGAAGGAAUUAAGUAUGGAUGAUAUAUUUGGUAAAGACUAA